AUGUUCGAUCUGUGGAUCGAGAUGAUGGUUUUACUCCAAACCAAAUCUGAAGUCGUCAAGAUCCCCAAAAGCGACGUCCAGGUCCUGGAAACCGGCAGAGACUACGCCCGGGCCGGAAUUCUGGGGAGGCUGACAGCGCCAGGGCUUCCCGAGGAACCCCAGGAGCAGCUCCGAGGGUCUUUGAGCGACUUGUCGGUGUCCUUAGGAAGCAGCUCCAUGUCCAUCUCUGGGGCCUACAGCAGCAGAGAUAGGGGUUUAGGGUCUGUGGCUUCUGCUGCAGGAGGCAGCAGCAGCAGCAGCAGCAGCAUGAGGCUUUCGAGUGCAGCAGCAGCAACAGCAGCAGCAGCAGCAGACCGACACGAGCUGCCGCCCUGGUGCCUCAAAGGCGUUCUUGUGAGGGUCAUUCGAGGCCCUCACUACCCUAAACAGGUAAACAGCAGCAGCAGCAGCAGCAGCAGCAGCAGCAGCAGCAAAAGCGCCAGCAGCAGCGGCAACAGCAGCAGCAGCAGCAGCAGCAGCAGCAGCAGCAGCAGCAGCAGGCCCCUGCUGCUGCGGCCGAUCUGCCGUUGGUUCGCUGUGUGGGCGUGUUGGUAUCAACGGACAGCCAGCGGGCUCGAGCUGUGA